UUUAUGUGUGUUUCUUGUAAAUCAGCUGCUUUCUCUUUUCCAAACGAAAGUAAAAAUCAGGUAUAAAAGCUGGUUGGGUCGGCCUCCACCUCAGGAGUUUCCUCCACACAUCCGACAGGAACGCAGCAGCUUCUCCACCCAGAAGAAACCAGAAGGAAGAUGUUUGCAGACAUCAGGAAUGUUUCAACCACAGGAGCCUCGGCUCAAACAGCCCGACAGGACAAGCUGACGGUGUCAGGUGUGAGUGCAUCACACGCCAUGGCGCAGACUGACGCCGGCAGAAUGAUGAGAUAUAAGGACAAGAUCACAGCGGUGGGACACAGGCUUGGGGUUGAUCCAGCUCUGAUUGCCGGCAUCAUCUCCAGGGAGUCCAGGGCCGGAAACGUCCUGCAGAAUGGCUGGGGGGACCAUGGAAACGGCUGGGGACUGAUGCAGGUUGAUGUCAAUCCUCGUGGAGGUGGACACAAGGCUGAGGGAGCGUGGGACAGCGAGGAGCAUCUCUCCCAGGCCACCGGGAUCCUCACUCAUUUCAUUCAUCGGAUGGAGAAGAAAUUCCCAAACUGCUCCAAAGAGCAGCAGCUGAAAGGAGGCAUCGCCGCCUACAACACUGGAGACGGACGAGUGCACUCCUGCGACGACGUGGAUGCCCACACAACUGGCAAAGAUUACGCCAAUGAUGUUGUCGCCAGAGCUCAGUGGUACAAGAACCACGGCUACUAACAGCUCCGAAAAAAAUAUCCUGCAGUAAAAGCUACAACAAAAAAUGUUAAUUUUUUUAAGAAAUUUAAUUUUAAGAAAUUUAAGAAAUUUUAAGAAAAAGUCGUAAUUGUUAAAUUAUGAGAGUAAAGUGGUAUAUUUACCGCUUUAAAAGUGGUAGGUUGAAUUUCUGACUCCUUUCUUUCACAUUUUUUUCUUUAAAACAUGUAAAUUUAUGAGAAAAAACACCAAAGUUGUCUGUAAUCUGUGUCGUGUUCUCAGAAACAUCACAGUUCUUUCAGAUCCACGAUCACUUUAACGUCAAACUGAUCACAUUCCUUUUCUGGGAAUUAAUUUGCAUUUGUGACAAUGGAUAGUUUGGACUUGAAUAUUUCUUUGUUGUUAGAAAGCAUGAAGGCAGCAGCAAAAGGGUUGUUGGAGACGGAUGGAAAACCUCCACAUCCAUCCAUCAUAAGUCACUUUUAGAUGUUAGAAGAAGUGAUGAAGAUGCUCAAAGUAAAGAGCUGAUGGCAGCAGAGUAAUUCCCUUUGCUUCUUUUUUUUAAUGGUUCAUUUUUGGAUCCACAAAGAACAUCUGAUCUCCUUUAAACAGUUGAACAUGAAUAAGAUGCUGAAAAAAUGGAUUCUGUUGUGUUUAAAGCAGAAUUUUCCUGAACAUUUCUAAAUAAACGUAAAGCUUUGACACAAA